AUGGUAAGCGACAUGAGUUAUAGUGUUAACGAUAUGGAUAAGAAGGAAAACCUCGAAAUCACACAUGGUCCUGGAGACCAUGAAUUAGGAGAUGUUGUGACAAUAGACUCUUUUGAUGGUAUCGACAAAAGUCGGGCAGUCGGGGCAGAAUUAUUCGAAGAAUUGAGUGAAACAGAGUUAAAUGCGGAAGAUGCCGGGUACGCAAAGAUCAGAAGAAAAAUUGAUAUUUGGCUAUUACCGGUGCUGUGCAUUACUUAUAUGCUUCAAUUUCUUGACAAGUUAUCUUUGAAUUAUGCAUCUUCGUAUUCAUUGAAGGAAGACCUAAAGCUAACGGGUAAUGACUACGGCAACAUUGCAGCAAUAUUCAACGCCGGUUACAUGGUGGGAACAAUACCAGGAAAUUGGCUAAUUCAAAGAGUACCAGUUGCUAAGUUUACUGGAAUAUCUUUGGUACUUUGGUCCGCCAUGUUAAUUGGUCAUAUCGGCGCAAGAAACUAUAAUGACAUGAUGGCCCUCCGAUUUUUGCUAGGUCUUAUGGAAGCAGCAAUUUCCCCUUCAAACAUGAUGAUAUGUGGUAUGUUUUACGAUAAACAGGAGCAACCAUUCAGGAUGUGUACUUUUCUCUCAAUGAAUGGUGUGGCUACCAUGGUGGGUGCUUUACUUGCCUAUGGUCUUGGCCAUGCCACGAAUGCGGCUUUGAAACCGUGGAAAUUAAUUUUCCUGGUAAUCGGGUUGAUUAACUUUGCGUGGUCUUUUGUGUUUCUAUACCUCACUCCGGAUUCUCCCGCUAAUGCAAGAUUUUUAAGUCAUGACGAAAGGCUAAAGGUAAUUAAACGUGUUUCGAGAAACCAAAUGGGUAUCAAGGAUACGAAAUUCAAGUUUCAUCAGGCAUUCGAAGCGUUAAAAGAUGUCAAUUGCUGGAUCUUAUCCCUUAUCGGGUUAGGUUGCGGUGUUAUUAAUGGAGGGACGUCCAAUUUUAUAUCUUCGUUAAUUAAAGGUUUUGGAUUUUCUGGAUUAAAUGCAACAGCCUUACAAUUACCAACCGGUGGUAUUGAAUUUGUGUGUGUUUUCAUCUCAGGUAUGGUGGCGGUAACUACUAAAAAGAAUAUCAGGACUAUAUUACUUUUUUUACUUUGUAUUCCAACAUUAGCUGGGUUAAUUGGAAUUCAUGUAAUUCCAUUGGAUAAAAAGUGGGCGCUUGUAGGCUGUUCAUGGCUACUCUACAUUAUUGGCGGUCCUGUGAUUAUGUGUUGGAUUUUGAUCAACGUAACUGUCGCUGGAUCGUCCAAAAUUUCUACUGUAAAAAUGGUAUGGUUUCUUCUCUACACGGCGGGGAAUAUUGUCGGAUCAGAAAUUUUCUAUGCUAGGGAAGCUCCAAAAUAUGCUACAGGGAUGAAAGGAUUGAUUUCAUCAUACGCUUGUAUGAUGUUUCUAUCGAUAGUGUAUUAUGCUCUUAUGUUUUACAGAAAUAAGUCAAGAGAUUCUCAUUACGGUAAACUAACUGCUGAAUUAGAAAGGGAAGGUAUAGUAAACGGAUUCAAAGAUAUGACUGAUUUUGAAAAUAAACACUUUAGGUAUGCAUAUUAA